AAAUGUUUUUGUUUAACGGUGGAGUGAUCAGAUGGUCUUCGUUUAGUAGACUUUUCACACCAAGACUUGAUUUUCUGACAUUUCGUAAAGUGUAUUGCAAUAGAAAUGUAGGAAACGUGGUAAGAAAUGUAGGAUUCGCUACGGUAUGUUAUGCUAGUUACAUUAAUUCUGCUAAAUGUGUGUCCGUGGACGUUUAAUGCAGUCUAUUCUAAUCUUUUAAAGAAGUCAUGGUGGUCUGCUUUCUUAUUCACACCGUGUGUCCGGUGAGCGCGCUCUCUGUCGGUGAGAGCCGGAUACUCUACUCUCGCCUGUUCGGGCCAGAGGAGGUCACACUGCUCCACAGAACCGCCGAGCAGCAGAGACUGGCCCAAAAGGAGACUCUAGGGCUCGUAGCCAGGCAGGUGCGCAGUGCUGUGUCUGCAAGCCGGGAGGCAUCAGGCAGAGUGUUUGUGGAGGCUGGGCUCGGUGAAGAGGCUACUGCUUUGAGUGACGCAGAAUAUGGCGUGUUGUCUUUGGCUCACAGGGAGCCCUUUGAAGGGCGCUGUGUUGCGCUGUGGCUUGGGGUUCAGUCUCUGGCCUUUACUCUGGUGUGUCAGCCACAUGAGAACCUGUUGCUUGCUGAGGGUACUCUGCGGAACCUGACACGCCACUGCCUGGAGGAACUGCGUCUGCUUGGACCUGGAAGUGAGGUGCUGUUAAAAAGUGACCGGGUGGAUGCAAUGCUUCAGAGGCUUCUUCCCCAUGGGCAGCUCCUCUUCCUUAAUCAUCGCUUUGCACAUACCCUGGACAAAGAACUAUCCAGCUACAUGGGCAAAUAAAAUAUUUGGAUAUGUGCUGUGUAAGUAUUCAGUGAAGCUGAAUACAGAAGAAAGUGGCUCAUGAAACAUCUCGUGCCUCACUGGUUAUAUCCAGUUGUUAUUUUUUUAUUAAGUUCUAUAGGUUUAAGACAGAAAUAUCAGCAGUAUCAAGGAGAGAGUGUUAAUGAAUAUGGCAAAUUCAUAUCAUAUGAGUCACCUGAAGUGUGUGUGUGUGUGUGUGUGUGUAAAAGUGUGUAAUUGUGUAACAAUGCAGUGAAAAAAUAAAGUCUGAUAUAUUUUUUUUUACAGUUGCAUGCUGGAACUGUUAUGAUCCUUUAUAUUCCUUUAAAGCACACCUGUGGGGUAACACUGCAUAUGGGGAUAUGUUCAAAAUAUAAUAAAUGUGAUAAUGAAUCAUG